CUUAAAUAUUUGGGGCCUAAGGCCGGGGCUUCACCCUAGAGCCGCCCUUUAUCACUAGCUGCGACGAGGACGGACGAUUGCUGGUCUUCCGCCACCUACUAAUCGCCGCGACGGAAGGUGUGGAAUGAUUGGCUUCUCACUUCUAUAUGCCUGAACAGUAAACAGACGACUUGCCGUCUAGGUUAUUAUGACUGAGAAAUCCCGGAGGACUAGUAGCGCACUUAUUAGAGGAAGUUUUCUCUUCUAUUUUUCCCAUUGAUUACGGAAGGUUCCUCUGAACAUCCCUUAAUUAUUUUGACUGCAGAGAGCUAUGAACCAAAAUACCCUGUGAGCUGCACUGAACUGGUUUUCCUAGAUCCUGUUUCAUUUCUCCACAUCUAGCUCGAUCUCUGUUUUUAAUUCACUCAUCUUUAUCACCUGUCUCGACAGCUCCACUUAGAACAAUAUGGAUUCACAAAGCCAGAAUACUUCAUUGCAGAGGCUGCAAAAUGUUGAGAAGAGGAUAGUUAGAGUUCUGGAGCUAGCAGGAGGUGUAAUGGAUGAAAUGGCAAAUCCAAGCGGUCCAAGGAAGGAACUUAUUAACAACCAUUGCAGUGAAUUUAUGCAACUAAUCAAGGACAUCCAGGUCACACUGCGAGAAGAAAUCAAAAGUGCAUGUGAAUAUCGUCCUUUUGAGAAGUGUGACUAUGUACCAAGAAUAUCAAAUGAGAUCUGUUGCAAGAAACUAGAAUAUGUCAUUUCUCAGUUUGAUGAUAUGAAGCGAACAAUUGAGGGGUAUCAUGCUGCAGCGUUAGACCAUAUGGCCCUAGAUUAUUGAAAAUUUCUUCAAGCUGAUGUUACAUAGGUCUGUAAAAAACUUGGGUUUUUCUUUAUUUGGUAGAGAUGGAUAAGGAACUGAUAUCCCAAAAAGCAAGAAGUACUUGGAAUGUCAGUGAGAAGCUGUUAUUUAAAAGUUUCUUUAGCUUACCAUGGUUUUGAUCAUUCGGUAAGCAAUGAUGAGUUUGAAGUACUUGUGCCGAGGAUCUAUCGGAAUCAGCCUCUCUAUCUCCUCGAGGCAGGGGUAAGGCUGCGUGCACAUUACCCUCCCCAGACCCCACCUAUGGGAUUACAGUGAGUUUAUUGUUGUUGUUGUUGUUAUUGGGUUCCUGGAUCAAGACUUCUCUUUGAAACCAUUCUUAUAUGUCCCUGUAAUGCUGGAUCUAUAUCUUAUAAUCUUAUUCCAUCAAAACUUAAGUUCAUUAUAUGCGGUUGAAAUAUAGGCAUGAAACAUUGGUGCUUGCUUGUU